CACAAACGACCGUGUCUCCGUCCCCACUGUCGCCGAUAUCAUGAAGUCUAUAAAUUUCAUUACUGGCAACAAGAACAAACUUACGGAGGUCCAGGCGAUACUAGGAGAUGCCAUAGAAGUGCAGAAUAAGCCUGUCGACCUACCCGAGCUACAGGGCACCAUAGAAGAUAUUGCCCGCGAAAAGUGUAAAAAUGCGGCCAAUGCGGUUAACGGGCCUGUAUUAACGGAAGACACAGCAUUGGAAUUUAAUGCGCUGGGCGGUCUGCCAGGGCCAUAUAUCAAAUGGUUCCUUGAAAAGCUAGGUCACGAGGGAUUGAACAAGCUUCUAUAUGCCUUUGAGGAUAAAACUUCAGUCGCCGUUUGCACUUUUGCAUUUGCCGCCGGCCCUGGAGAAGAGCCAAUUUUGUUCCAAGGACGCACUGACGGGAAGAUUGUCCCAGCUCGUGGCCCAGCGAAAUUCGGGUGGGAUCCUAUUUUCGAGUACCAGGGAACAACUUAUGCUGAAAUGGAUCCGAAGGAGAAGAAUAUGAUUUCCCAUCGAUAUAAGGCGCUUCAAAAAUUAAGACAGUGGAUCAUAGAGCAGCGACAGAAGCAGCAGCUUUGAGACGAGUCCGAACACGCAUAUGGUGGAGAUUUCCUCCCCCGCAGCUCGAGGUUCCUUCAUCCAUCUGUGGUUGCAUGAUCUCGUUUCCACGCGUCUAACCAACUGACGAUUCUAGAACAAUUGCUUUCGAUCUCGUCAUCGGUUUCACUUGUCAACUCGACAACGAUUUCCUCGUCGUAAGACUGUCGCGCUUCGUCAAGCAGGACUUCAAAAAUUUCGGCAUCAAGGUUUUCUUGUAGUUUAUCUUCUCCAUAGCCUCUAUAAACAAAAAGCAAAACGUUAGCCACCA